ACUCCCAAACUGAUUAUAGGAAGAUCAGGCUAAAAAUAUUUCCAUUUCGCUUACAACACAAACCAGGCAUAACCUACCCGCAGGCAGGCUAACGUACGCUAGCUAUGUUAAGCUUGUGUAAAGUUACGUUUCUCAGUUCACAGAGUAAAUGCUAACAUGAGAUAUCUGUUGUGCUCGCUUGCUAAAAAAACAACACCUUUGUUACAUGAUGUAGCUACAUAAACAUGCACCGCAACCAUCCAAAAGUAGCUGUCCUUGGUGCUGAAAUAUUAGUGGCCUUACGUCCCCAAAUUGAUGGAAGGAGCGAGUACAUGUGUGAUUGAGUCACAGCAGAUUUCCUAGUGGUCUAGAGUCCAGAAGGCUACGGAGCAGCACCUGGACCUGGAUCUGGAGUUUCCCCGUGUGCGUGUUCGUGCAGUGGUGAUGACACGUGAUGACUCCAGUGGCGGUUGGGUGCCCCUUGGAGGCGGCGGCCUCAGUCAUGUGGUCAUAUGUAAGGGGCGGAGUCAUGACGGCAGGGGGCGGAGAGAAUACAUCAUACGUGGAGAACGGCUGCGAGAUCGAGCACCAGUGUUGGAGUGUGCAGUGCAAAGGGGGUUAGUGUACAACAAGGUGAACCCCAUCUUCCAUCACUGGCGAGUAGAGGAUCGAAAGUUUGGCCUUACGUUCCAGAGUCCUGCCGAUGCCAUCUCCUUUGAGAAAGGGCUGCAGACUGUCAUAGACAAGCUCGAUAGAGGCUCUGACUCGCCCUCGUCCUCCACACCAGAAGAGGCAGACACCGAGGAUGAUGGACAAGCUUCCCAUACAGGAAGUGAGUCGUCAUCCAACAGCAGAAAGGAGAUGCUUCCCAAACCCAUCACCAUAGUGACGAGCGAAUCGUCGUCGACCUGCUUUGUGCGGUCAGAAGAGUUUAGUUUUGGAUCCAGCCAUGCCGUCACCACUCAGACACCUGCUCAGAUCCACACCAGGCCAGGACAGCACCAGCUCUCACAAAUGACGGCUGUGUUGAAUCCCCCUUCGCCCCCGCCCCCACCUCCUGCUCCACCUACUCCUCCUGUGGGUCCCCCGGCCUCAUCUCCUCUGUCCCCCCUCUCACCCACCAUUUCUCUGCUGGAGGAGGGAGACCUGCGCAGUGUGGAUCCUUGCAAAGAUCUGUGGGGUUCUCGAGGUUAUGAGGACUACAGACGGGCGGGGGCCACCAGGACUAUGGUCGGGGGGCUGACCGGGGGUGUGGUUGUCAGUGGUGGAGGGAGUCUGCAGGACAAGUCAGAGUUGUGCGUUGUUCGCUUCGAGAAGGAGCUGGCAGGAGUCGGGACGGCAGGCUGCGAUGUGACAGUGAGCCUGGACAGUAAAGCUUCCCAGCGCCUGUCGUCGUCAUCGCCCACCUGCAUGUCCAUGCCCAACGCUGUGUCAGGCGUGUCCUCAGGUGCCGGCUCACCCCAGGAGACGGGCAAAGGCUCGCCCUCUCCGUGCUGCAUCCACACCUCAUUGGCCACGCCCCGGUCGCGGACUCGUAAGAGAGGAGGGGGGGCCAGCAGCAGCAGCGACCCGGGGGUAAUCUCCCCCGACGACGACAGCCCGUGUCCUCAGGCUUCAUCGUCAUGCUCAUCUCGCUGUGUGUACUGCCGCUCUGUUUUCAGCGCUUCGGAGAACGGGCGGGGCCGCUGCAGAGAUGCCCCAGACCCGGCCCUGCACUGCCUGCGCCAGUGGACCUGUGUGUGGUGCGCAGAGAGUCUGCUCUACCACUGCAUGUCGGACUCUGAGGGAGAGUUCUGGGAGCCUUGCUCGUGUGAUGACUCGAUGGGGGGCCACCCACACCCCCUUUGCUGUGCCCGCUGGUUGGCCCUGCUGGCCCUGUCGCUCUUCGUGCCCUGCAUGUGCUGCUACCUGCCUUUGCGCGCCUGCCUGAGGUGUGGGGAGAGGUGUGGCUGCUGUGGGGGAAAGCACAAGGCGGUCCGAUGAGGCCAGGCUAUGGGGUGGGAGGGGUUCCCUGGACCAUGGAGGUCUGGGUGUUGAGAGGAGAGAGCACCUGUAGGGAUGUAGGAGGUGGAGCUUAGCAGGUGGAACAGUGCUCUCAGUAGACCCAGAUCUCUUACGUGGCCCUCCAAAGCCCCAUGGCCUUCCACUGCAUUCCGCUCUUUCUCUUUUCAACCUGGGGCCUUCCUCACUGGUCCAUGCCUGCUGAAGGUGCACUGCACUCAGACCAGGCUCUGUGGGAGUCAUCUGGAGCCUUCAUAGUGGAUUUACUGAGGGUUGGCUGAUCUAGAGUUAGCGGUCAGAGACUUUAUCACAGGAAGAGAGUGGCAGAGGCAACAAUGAUGUGUACACUGUUUCAAAUGUCUGUUUGUUUGUUUUUUUAUUUAGAAAGAAAAACACAAAAACAAAAUAUGUUUAUAUAUAUGAUUGUUAUAAUUUUAAUUGGUAUAUUUUAUUAAAUGUAAAACAUAUUGACAGAAUCCCCCAAUGGCACACACUAUCACGUAUUCACAAACAUGAGAUCUUGGGGAAGUUUUUUGUUUCAUGUUGGCCUGUUUAUCAGUCAGAUGAACAGAUGUCACCCUUUACCUCUAAUUUUACCUCAGAUGUUACUCAAACUCUGGUUAAGAAAUGAAAAAGAGGAGGGGGAGAAAGGUUUGGAGAGAGUGAGCACGAGUGAGUGCAGUCUCCAAGAAAGUAUGAGCAUCUGAGACCACUAGUGUUGUCUUUUGGUUUAAGGAGUAGACCACAGUGGGAAGAAAGGUUAUCAAAUGCAAAGGGACAAUUAUUGUUAAGGGAAGUUGCAAUGACAACCACAAAGACUUAAAAGUCAUAAUGUGAUUCAUUAUGGUCCUUUGUAACCAAACACAAGGUAAUUUUUGUUUUCUGAACAAAACAAAAAAAAAAUCAAGAAUGUGUGUCGAACAUUAAACACCCUCACUUUACACAUAUUUUCCAUCUUUCCAUGUAUUUUCAAUAUUAAUCAUAGAAAACAUCACAUCCCACCACUGUACUUGUUGAAUCAGUCAAGGUGCUUACAACUGAGGCCUCUGAGCGAGUCUAUUCUACCUAAUGUACACAAAUGACCGUGCAGUCCCAACCCCAAAGAAAAACAAAACAGGACCCCGUGCUAACCAAUCUGUAGAUGUGUCUAGGCCUUUGAAUUAGAUGCCACCAAAAAAAAAAUUAAGUGCAAUGAACAAUGUAUUUGAAGAGUAUUUUUGUACCAGUUGCUAACGUUAGGAAAAACUAAACGGAAAUCUAAAAGUGUUGGAACUGAAUACUGUAAUGUGUUAUUGUGUUCGAUAUCAAGCAGAAAAGAUAAAUAGGAACACAAACUUGUCUUUGAGCAGCAGCACAUAGCUCACAGGUGUGACAUUUAAACGUGCGUGCUGUAGACUGUUGACCUUGUGAUAAGGAAAGAGACCCAUUAACUUGAAAAAGAUGAAUGGCGGUAGGUCUUUGUUUGGGCACAGUGGCAGAUGUGUUUGCUGAAUGUUGCUUUAAUUAUGAAGUCAAAAAAAAGCUGCUAUUUUAACUCUUGUCCUAACCCUAUUAAAACGUUCCCGCUGCCUCUUAGCAAUCAAUGAGGUGGUGUGGCAGAGUCAAACAAUCCUUCAAGUUCUUAUUCCGCCUAAGGUGCUGACUGAGGAUGCUAAAGAGUGUGUGAGGAAGGUUUUUGUAAGUUUACAGCUGGGCUUAAAGAUAAAUUCAGACAUUUAAAACAAAAUGCUUCUGGUGAUGUACCUUGCAUUUCUGUGUCUAUUUUGCUGAUUGGUGGUAUAUUUUUCUACUUCCAGUUAAUAACUGGCCAUGGACAGAUUAAAAGCUAUUUCCAUCACAGCUCCAACAUAUUUUGUUAACAAUGUUUUUCAAAAAUCUUGAUAUGUCAACAUAAACAUCAGGUUUUUUGUGUAAGUCCCUCAGAAUCAAAGAGCAAGGGCCUUUUGUACAGCCUCCACUUUGCACCAGUGUUUAACAAUCAUGCAAGGUGAAAUAUAUUAUCAAAGAGGUAGAAACCAGUUACUCUACAGAAAUUUAUUUUAAGAUCACUUCUUUUUUUUUAAUAUCCCUAUCACUGUUGUUAUUGGUCUCUUGAAGAACCAACUACUGCAUGCAACAAGCUCACGCCUGGUUUUCUGUGACUUGUUGAAAGAUUUCCUAAAAAAUUUAAGAAAUCAGAAAGCAAGGCAGAUGUUGAUUACGCAGGUUGAGUAAAAACGGGAACACUGAAAAAUAAAUAACAAAUAAUCUCAAAAUAACUCAUGAAAUGCACUGAGCAUCGUAGAAUGAUGAUAUCCUAACAGUGUGAUAGAAUAUGUGGUGGGAUUUGUCUUUUAAAUCCAGAGGCAUUUUUCUCUAAAAAAUUAAAGAUGGGAGUACAUACAGUACGCUCUGUAUAAGGAAACCAGUGUUCACUAGUUUACUACAGUGUCAUAUCUCAAAUGGAGGAUCACCUGGUAAAUCUUGAAUUAUGGCAGAAUGAACUUUUCAGAAGCUUCACCAGAUUAUUUACAUUUUAGGUUUAGCCAAGAACUUCCAAAGUGACUUAAAAUGAGUGAACAGGCAGUAGGGUUCAGAGUCAGGACACACGACUGCUGAUGAACACGACCCUUGACCUCUCGGUUAUGGGACAGUUGUCUUCAUUGCUAGGCCAGCCUGCCAACAAUGUUGGCAAAAAAGACCUUCUGUCACAAUGGCAGGAAACACAAACUCAGUCGGUCACUAGACUGCCAUUCCCUGAUCCUAAAUUAACCCUUUGUCGUCCCCCACACCCCACCCCACCCCACCCCACCCACACACACUCUCCCCACAAUUCUGCAAUGCAUAGACCUGCACACAGACACACACGUUCACUCAAUGGUGCAGAUAUACAGAACUAGUAAAGCCAUUGCACAGUUUGCUACUUCUGGUUCAGAAAUGGUGUUAAGAGUACAGUACUGACAGUCAUGCGAUCACAAUUGCAGGCCCCAUUCUUACAUCUUAAUAAAUGUGCCUUUUGAUUUGAGUAAUCAAUAAUUUAUGAUUUCUAAGUAACUCUGUGUUAAGUACUAUUUACUUUUUGGGUUAUUGAUUUCUGCCAAUGUGCAUAUUUUCAAAUGUACGUAUUUAUUAGUUUGAAAGUAAUUAAUGAGAUAUUAUCUGUUUAUUUAUUUAUUGAGAUAUUUAUUCUGAUUCUUUAUUUUUUUGAGACCGGUUUUUAUCUUCCGUGCUGUCUUACUUCUGACUUUGUGCCAAUGUGCUGCUUUGAGGUGUUACAUAUCGUGGGUUUGUAUCAUUAUUAAACCCUCACUCUAUAUUUUAAA